GGCCCUACCACAUGUCUCUCUCUCUCUCUCACAUUCUUACGUCUCUCUCUCACCUUCUCACGAACUCACCCGCCGCCCUUCUAUUCUCUCAAUCUCAAACCUUGUUCUCUUCUAUCUACAUCAUUUCAUUCAAUGGAUAGGGGAAUAGAAAAUGGGUAUAGUACUCGUUAUUCCUCUGUGCUAUGAUGGGUUUCAUCACAAAAAGAGCAGUCAAUCUCACUUUUGUCUCUUCGGGGUUCGAACCACUUGUCUCAAGUUCAAGAUCUACUCUCCCCAACCCCCGAUUUCUCUGAAUCUAAGAUCUGUUGAAAGAGCACAAACAAGUGAACAACUGUGUCGAAGAAGAAUAAGCCGGUCCAAUUUUUUUGAGAUUAUGAGUUUUGGUGUUGUUAAAUGCUCUCUGUUUUCAUAUUUGGGUUCGCUUCAGAGUCUUGUUGAAGAGGAGUUUGCUUUGCUUUAGAAGCAUGGGACGAUAAUCUCAAAGUAGAGUUUGCUUUCCUUUGAGAAAUUGUUGACAAUUUUAAUUGUUUUAAUGUUCUUUUUUAGGAGUUUUUCUAAAGCUUUUAUUCGGCCUAUAAUUAAAUUAGCCUUGUGUAUUUUUUGAGUUAUCUGAAAAACUUGUUAUAAACCCGACCCAACUCUUAUAAAUCCGACCCCAAUCCGUAUAAAACCUAUCCGACCCAACCCAUCGUAACCUAAGGUCAGUUAAGGGUUGAAGGAGUGUAAUCCGACCCAAUCCGACCCUUGUGCACCCCUACUUAAAACAAUAUUUUAUUACAUUGUGACAAUUCAUCCUUUAUUACAAUAUGAUAACCUCAUAAUUACAUUUUUCUUACCACAUAUUGAAAAAUGGAAAUAUAUUAUUUUUCAAAAAUAUUGUAAUUAUUUGUAUAACAUGAGAAAUCUCAUUGUUUAUUUUAAAAGUAUUGAAUUAUUUGUAUAACAU